GGUGACAUCACGCAGGUGUAAACGCCGGAGCAGUCUUGAGGUGUAAGGUUAUUGAGACAGAGACGAAGAGGAGCAACGCGGCCACACCCGCCGACAGAAAGCGCACACAGACCUCGACCAGAUUGCAGCCAUGGCUCUGAGGACGCGCUGGUCUCACCUGUUCCUCCUUUUGUGCUUCGUGCAGUUCUGCCUGUGCAAGGAAGACAUAGAUACCAGAGGCUUUACUGGUACAGAGACCAAAGAUGGGGUGUGGGUCAAGUCUCCAGCCACAGAAGUCCUGAACAGUCGUCUUACAACCGUCUUCCUCCCGAUCAUCUACAUCAUUGUGUUUGUUGUGGGGCUGCCUGCCAACGCCCUGGCAGUGUGGGUAUUCCUCUUCAGGACCAAGCAAAAGCACCCGGCAUCCAUCUACAUGGCCAACCUGGCUCUGGCUGACCUGCUCUUCGUCAUCUGGGUCCCCUUAAAAAUUGCGUACCACUUGAAUGGCAACAACUGGAUCUACGGAGAGCCACUGUGCAAAGUGCUGGUGGCCUUUUUCUACGGGAACAUGUACUGCUCCAUCGCCUUUAUCGCCUGUAUAAGUGUACAGCGUUACUGGGCCGUGGUCCAGCCGCUCGCCCAUCGCCAGAGAGGCAACCGUACAGCUAUUGCCAUCUCCAUCGCAAUCUGGGUUGGGGUCUGGCUCAUCACAGUCCCUCUCUACCUGUACGAUCAACAGGUCCGUGUGACGAACCUCAAUAUUGCCACCUGCCACGACGUCACCAGGCCGAGUCAGAAGAAAAUGGCAGCUGGCUACUUCCUGACAAUGGGAAUACUGGGAUUUGUCGUUCCCUCCGUCGUGUGCAUCAUAUCCUACAUUCUCAUGCUCAGGGCUCUCAGGAACAGUAUGGCGGACCCAGCCAUCGCCAAGAGGCGGCGAAAGGCCGUGGUCUUGAUCGUCACCGUGCUGAUUAUGUUUUUAGUGUGCUUCACCCCCAGUAACAUCAUGUUGCUGGUGCACUACAUUCUCCUGUUGGCCGAGGCUCACAACAACCUGUACGGAUUCUACAUCACCACCCUGUGCUUGGCGAGUCUCAACAGCUGCUUCGACCCUUUCAUCUACUACUACAUCUCUGAGGACUUUAGGGAGCAUGUGAAGAACACGUUCCUCUGCAGGAGCGAGAGGACAGUGGAGAGGAUGAGGGUCUCCUUCAGCGCUCUGAAGUUCUCCAAGAAGAGCAACACGUACACGUCUGAGUCCGGGAACACCAAGAGCACUGACUGCUAGCGCGUUGCUGGUUUUUAAGCUAAUUAUUUUUAAUAAACUUCCCUCAGGUAUAACAUAAAAUGGAAGGAGAGUCUUCUUUGGUGAUGACGGCCUGCAUGCUUCGAGCUGUCUUUAAGUUACUUCGUUUUUAUUUUUGUAAAUUAAUUUUUAUUUUUUAUAUGAUAACACAACUUUUAGUUAAUGCACUUUGCUUUGUUUGGUUCCAUUGGAAUAUCAAUAUCAAUAUCAAUAUCAAUACCUUUAGUUAUUUGAGUGUGAUCUUUUAUUCCACGCUGUCAUUUUACUGAGAUGAAAUCUUUGUCAGCGUUUUGAUGUGCCAGAUGGUUUUGAGACGGAAAAUGGGAAACAUUCAGCAUGUUGUAUGAUCCAUGAUAUAUGCUUUACGUUGUGUGUGUGUGUGUGUGUGUGUGUGUGUGUGUGUGUGUGUGUGUGUGUGUAUAUCCUGUAUGUGUUUUUAGAGUAAUAAGUUUUACUUGUAGAAAUACAUUUUAAAGUUUGUCAAUAAAAAGUAAGCCAACUAACUCUAUUUUUACCCUGGGCUACUAUCUGCAGGUCUUUAAAAGUCUCAAAAAGCAACUGAACUCAUCUGAAAGGGUAAUAAAAAGCCCUAGUUUACAAUAAUAUACACCUAUAAACUAAAAGUGGGAUUGUUGUGAUAAAGGAUUGGGCUGUUUGUUUCUUUUUGGGCGUUCAGAUGGUAUGAUUGCAAUACUGGUAUUAAAUUACACUGUAUGUGGUAUUUGUCUUUAAUUUAACUGGGUCAGCCCUGCAGUAACGUAUUUGCUUACUGACAUUUUCUCUGACUUCACUGUCGGGCAGCCGGCCGGAAAGGUCAAACUCGGUGUUCCUUAUUUUCAAAAUAAACUUUGCAUUGGACCUUUUCCAAAAUUCCAUAUGUUCUAAGCCAGAGUAGAACAUGGUUUCAUCCCAAAUUAAAGAUAUACAGUAAAUUA